GGGUUUGGGGAAGGUAAAGUAAACCGGACUGAACUGCUAAAUCUGGCAGCUCUCCUCACAGACUCUGCAAAUUGGACUCCUUCUCUCUGUCUCUCUCCUCCCUCUCUCUCUCUCUCUCUAGAUUCUCCAAAUCUUCUAGGGUUUUCAAAUUUGAACAAUUUUCUCACGCUUUCCGACGAACCAAACAGAAAAUAAGGAAGGAAAGAAAAUGGAAAACAGAACAAACAGAGGAGGACAAAGGACACUAGGAAAAUGACCGAGUUCAGAACUCAGGAGUGACCCUGUACCCUUUGCUUCUUCAACUCCAGGACGAAGACAAUCUGAACCCCUAGACCUCCGAUUCCCGGAAAGUUGUUUAUUUUCCCGGAAAGUUAAAAACCCUAGGUUUUUUGAGCGAGGCGGUUUUGGGAGAUGGAGAGGUCUAGAUCUAAACGGUACUACUAUGAACAGGACUACGAUACGGAGACUGUGGGUAGGACCAGGCCUCGGUACAAUCACCACUACGCGAACAACAACAACCACCGCCACCGCGGAGGUGGAAGCGGCGGCGGCGGUGGUGGUGGAAGACCAUCUAAGCCUCCUCAGCAGGAUCCGUCGGUUACGGUAACUACGACAUACCGUAUUCUCUGUCACGAUAUGAGGGCCGGAGGGGUGAUUGGGAAGUCCGGUAGCAUCAUUAAGUCGAUUCGGCAGCACACCGGCGCAUGGAUCAACGUACAUGAACUGAUUCCGGGAGAUGAGGAGCGGAUUAUUGAGAUUACCGACACGCGGCGGCGGGACCCGGAGGGGCGAAUGCCGUCCUUCUCGCCGGCUCAGGAGGCUCUUUUUUUGAUCCAUGAGAGGAUUCUGGAGAGUGAUGUUGCUGGGUUUGGCGGUGAGGAGGAGGAUGAGUAUGGUGGUGGGGUUAGAGGCGGCGGCGGUGGCGGUGGGAAUCGAGUAGCGACGCGGUUGGUUGUGUCGAGAAUGCAUGUGGGAUGUUUGCUGGGGAAGGGAGGGAAGAUAAUUGAGCAGAUGAGGAUGGAGACUAAGACCCAGAUUAGGGUGUUGCCUAGAGAUCAUAAUCUGCCUCGAUGCGUUUCGAUGUCGGAGGAGAUUGUUCAGGUAGUAGGCGAUCCGAAUAAUGUAAAGAGUGCUGUGGCAAUUAUUUCAUCACGCUUGAGGGAGAGUCAGCAUCGGGAUCGCAGUCAUUUCCAGGGGCGAAUGCAUUCACCUGAACGGUUCUUUCCUCCUGAUGAUGAUUAUGUUCCUCAUAUGAACAAUGCAGGACGGAAGACACCCAUGGAUGGGGCUCCCUUUGGACCACGAUUAUCUAACCCCAGUAUCAGAAACAACAACUAUGCCCCUCGUUCAUCGGGUUAUCCAAUUGAACAUGGGUCUGCUCCCAUGGCUGAUAAUACACAGCCCUUUUGUGAAGACCUUGUGUUUCGAAUACUUUGUCCAGUUGACAAAGUUUAUCUUAUAGUUGGAGAUUCAACCGGAAUUAUAGAACUGCUUCAAAAUGAAAUUGGUGUGGAUGUCAAGGCUACUAACCCUGUGGUUGGUGAAGAUGAACAGAUAAUCAUAAUCUCUUCUGAGGAGGGUCCUGAUGACGAGCUGUUUCCAGCUCAGGAAGCUUUGUUGCAUAUUCAAACUCGCAUUGUCGAUCUUAGUCCAGACAAAGAGAACACUAUAACUACUAGGCUACUUGUCCCAACAAGUGAUAUUGGAUGGUUGGAGGGAAGAGAAGGGUUGUUAAUGGAUAUGAGGCGACUUACCGGUGCAGAUAUACAAAUUCUUCCCAUAGAUGAUCUUCCCACGUGUGUAUCAGGGGACGAUGUACUUGUACAGAUUGUAGGGGAAAUAAAAGCAGCUCGACAUGCUCUUGUUGAGAUGACAUCAAGAAUACGGAGUUACUUAUAUAGAGAGUUGUUUCGAAAGGAUACACCACCACCUGCUUUUGCACCAGGCCCUGCAGGUAGUGCUUUCACAAUAGACCCAUCUCCGAAUAACACAUUUCCAGUUCGUGAAGCUCAUACUGGAAAUGAUCCUCCCAUGAAAAUGUAUCAGAAUGUGCAAACUGGGGGAAUUGCACAGCCAUCAAAGGAUGCUGGAGGGAUUGCCAAUGAAACAGUAAAGCCAUACGAAAGUGAACGGCGUGAAGAUGCUCCGAGCUCUUUGAAUAGAAUGCCUGUGACGCUUGUCACUAGGAGUAUACUUGAAGUUGUAAUACCAGAGCAGGCAGUUUCAAAGCUCAUAACGAAAUCAAGAAACAAGCUUGCUCAGAUCAGUGAGUUAUCAGGAGCAAAUGUGACCCUGGUAGAGGAUAGACCGGAGGAAACACAGAAGAUCAUUCGAAUUUCAGGUACUCCAGAGCAGGCCGAGAGAGCUCAGAGCUUGCUUCAGGGCUUUAUUUUAAGCACACAAGAAGACGGCCCUUAGACGAGCAGGAGCAACAUCGGUGCUAAAAUUUUGAGCCGGUCCUGCCGGGAUAUUUUGCUAUUCAGAUCACUUCUGGAUGUAUUGUCCUGCAAGGCAGGGAGUUUUUUGCUCCAUAGUUUGGGCACACAUCGGUUUUAUAUGAAUGUAUCCACUGUAAAUGUAAUCUUAAAAUGUUUUUAGAUCUCGUUCUCCUCAACAUUUCGAUUUUCCUGCACGAAUCUGAGACGUGGGAACACAAUUUUUUUUCUUUGUGUGUAGUAUGUUUCGCGUUGAUGAUCGAUGAUCACGCUUCUGGUGCUGUACUUUUGCAUAUUCAAGUGUUGCAAAUCAAAUUAAGCUGUAUCUCACUUUUGAAAUAAUCUUUGCUACUAUUGGUGUACUGCAAA